AUGCGACUCUUUUUCAAGAGUGACCUAAUAUCCUUGGAUGCAUACAAUGUCGCACAAACUGCCUCCCUCGAUUACGCCACUCGAUCCUGUGGUCAUGGAGGGGUAAACCCGAGCCCAAACCCAUGCGAAGCGAUUCCUCCAGCGGCCCCACCACCAGCCGAAUCCGAGAUCCCGACGCCCGUCAACACGGAAUCACCCGCAUCGCCCCCCGGGUUGCGAUACGUGAACUCCAAGAACGGCCUCCGGCUGAAGAGCCGCGCCUGUGAAGGUUCUUUCACUUUGGCUCUCCUUCAGUGCGGGGCGGAAUUCCAGUACCUCGGCAGCCCACAUUACGUGGGCACGGGCUGUGGGGCAAACUGCAGCGGUUGCGGCGGUGCCGUCUCUGGGGAACCCGACGGCAACCUGUUCGUGACGGCCAGCUGGAUCUCGGAAGGGCUCUCCACACUUACCGGGUUUCUGCAGUACAACGACGCGGAGGACAUCCACCUCUCGCCUCCCACAGAAGGACAAUGCGCAGCAGGUGACCUGCCAUUCUUUUCACCUUGGGUGGUCACUUUCCCCUCUAUUUAA